AUAUCGAUUGACACUUUGUGGAGAACGCCGCUCGAAACUUGCAAAUCAUUCGUACGUCUUUUUUACUUCGGAAAAUAAGAAAUAAAAUCUGAAAUUAUGAGCAGCCUAGGCUUUGAGCAAUUCCCAGACUACCAGGUCCCUGGGGUGUCGCAUGCCGACUUUUCACCAUACGAGUCUAAUGGCGGCUCCAUUGUCGCCAUCGCUGGCGAGGACUUUGUGGUCAUUGCCGCCGACACACGUCUGAGCAGCGGCUACAACAUUCACACGCGCACACAGAGCAAGUUGUUCCCUCUGUCGAACAAGACGGUGCUGGCCUCCACGGGCUGCUGGUGCGACACCCUCUCGCUGACUGGCCUGAUGAAGGUGCGCAUGCAGAGCUACGAGCACACACACUUGAAGACCAUGACCACCGAUGCCGUUGCCCAGAUGCUCUCCAUCACCAUGUACAACCGUCGCUUCUUCCCCUACUAUGUGUCGAACAUUUUGGCUGGCAUUGACAAGGACGGCAAGGGAGUCGUCUUCUCCUACGAUCCCAUUGGGCAUUGUGAGCGCGCCACUUACCGUGCUGGCGGCACAGCGGGCUCGUUGCUGCAGCCCGUGCUGGACAACCAGAUUGGCUACAAGAACAUGAAUCUGAAUGGCGAGGAACCCCCAGUGCUAACCAAGGAGCGUGCAGUGGCCGUUGCCUCGGACACCUUCAUCUCGGCCGCGGAGCGCGACAUCUACACUGGCGACUCUGUGCUGAUCAAUAUAAUCACCGCGGAUGGCAUUGAGACCAAGGAGUUGCAGCUGCGCCAGGACUAGAUCAGUGAACACUUCUAAAACAAACGGUCAGGGGCAUUUCAACAGAAAUUUUUGUAACAUCCAGAUACAUAAAAUAAUAAUAAAAUGGAUCUUUAA